AUGGCAAUCGAAUCCAAGACUGACUUGUCACUAAUAUAUGGGGUUGAGGAGUCAUCUCAAGAAGGUCGGUCAUAUAAGGAUGGUCUUCUCAAAACCAACAAGAGACAUCAUGACCUACCACUGAACCACAAUGCUGAUUGCUUUACUGACAAUGGCACCUGUUAUACAAUUGGCUUACCGAAAAUCUCGCCACUGGACCUGCGUACGACCACUUUAGCUAUAUUCUUUUUGCGCGAACACAACCGCUUAGCGCAUGCGCUUUCAAAGCUCAACCCGUGCUGGCAAGAUGACAGGCUAUUCAAAGUAGCGCGUCAAAUCAAUGUUGCUACGGUCUCAAAUAUCUUCAUGUACGAGCUGAUGCCUAGGAUAAUUGGUUACAGAAAUAUGAUAACUUACGAUCUUUUAUCUAACUCCAUUGACCAUGUGACAACGUAUGAUAUACAGAAUCCACCAGGGGUCUACGCUGAAUUCGAUAUAGCCAUGCGAUUUUUUAACACCUUUAUGAGUUCCAAAAUCGAAAAAUAUAACGAAGCCUACGAGAAGGUCGGAGAGAUACAACUAAAUAAAAGUUUCCUCUUACAAAGCCUCCUCGAAAACGAAACAAAUUUCGAAGAGAUCAAUCGAGGAACCUUUUUACAAAGUGCUACAAAUAUCAACAACAUCAAGUUACCAAACGAUGACCCGGUCUCUAUGGAUAUUCAAAGCGGGAGAGAUUUCGCUUUACGAGGAUAUAACGAGUACAGAGACUUCUGUGGAUUGAGAAUAGCGAAGGAGUUUGACGACUUAAGGGAUAUUAUUGACGAUGAGGUAGUAGAAGUCCUGAAAAAGAUCUACAAAAACGUGAAUGACAUAGACCUACUGGUCGGGAUAUUGGCUGAGAAUAAUAUUUAUUCAACAUUCGUUGGUCCAACCUUAUUUUGUAUUAUCGUGAAGCAGCUAGAAAUAUUACGAUUUUCAAAUAGAUUUUGGUUUGAAAGAGGGGACAAUUAUCAUAGUUUUUCUCUAGAUCAAUUAAGUGAAAUAAGGAAAACGAGCAUGGCUCGACUCGCUUGUGACAAUGCUGAAGGUAUCAAAUAUAUACAAGCAAAUGCUUUAAUGAGUACUUCACACUGGAAUACACCAGUCCCGUGCUCCCAUAUCCCGGGACUUGAAUUAACGAAAUGGCGGGACGCGAGCUGCAAAGAGAACAUUUCCACAAGCGAAAAACAUGAUUCUAACCAAUAUCAAUUUCCGCAAUAUUCGUCGUUCAUAAAUGAUAUUUUAUCGUCGAUGCAUUUACGGUAA